ACCCUAUCACCACACCCUAUUCUCCAAAUUUUGUACCAUAUCAAGAAACCAUCCCAGUACCUUCUUCCUAGCCAGUACUGAAAACAGUACUCUUCUCACGGAGAGAAAGAGAGAUGGAAAAUGGCAGGAAUGUAAUCUUCAGUGGAAACAGAGGGCAAAAUGGUAGUAAUGCAAAUGUUACUGGAGGUUGGCUCCAUGUAUCACCACCACCAACGGCGGCAGAAUUACUCUCUCUGUAUGCUGGAGAUGGGUCCCACUUGCCUCAUCCGGACCCGCACCUGGCGUGCUUGAAUCUCGGCAAGAGGAACUACUUUGAAGAUGCAAGUACCGUUGUUGAGCGCCACGUCAUCGACUUCUCCUCGGCUGGCAAAAGUGUCAAACCCUUCGACGUCUGCGGCGGUGGUCAUGUCGUGAGCUCCAUGGCGGUGGCGAGGUGUCAAGUGGAGGGGUGCCACGUGGCGCUGUUGAACGCGAAGGAGUAUCACAAGAGGCAUAAGGUUUGUGAGACGCACUCCAAGGCUCCGAGUGUUGUGGUUCAAGGGUCGGAACAGCGGUUCUGUCAACAGUGUAGUAGGUUUCAUAUGGUGACUGAGUUUGACGAAUCGAAGAGGAGCUGUAGAAGGAGAUUGGCAGGGCACAACCAACGAAGAAGAAAGUCCUCUAACGAUUCUCUUACUAGGAAUUCUUCCAAAGACAAGUACAUGAGUAGUGGGAGAUCUUCAUACAUAAUGUCGUCACAAGCGGCCGGGCGCGCUUGCUCUCUUCUGUCAUCAUCAAAAUCCCAGCUUGUUUCCUGGGAUCUGUCCUCAAGAUCCAGUGCUGCGCUACGCGAGCUUAUAGCAGAGAACCGUGCAGCAAUGCUAGCUCGACAGCUCAUUUUCAAACCAAAUUCAAACCUAGCAAUGGACCAAGAUAUAUCUCACCAGCAAUACCAGUUGUUACCAGCUGAGCCUUAUAGGCAUGAAACAUUGGACCUCAUGCAGGCACCAAACUCUGCAUUUGAGAUAUUCUCAAAAGCCAAGCACCAAGAGGAGGAGGAGGAGGAGGAGGAAGAAAGGGGUGCUUCUUUGUUUGAGAAUUUUCAACAGUUCGCUUAUUGAUUUACUAUCAUUAUUGUCUUGUACUAUUAGUGAAUGAUGGUUUUAACUGAUCUUUCUAGUGAUUAAAUAUUGUAAAAUUUUAGGAUAUGGUUAUCACAUAAGUUUU